AUGGCGGGGCCCGAGAGCUCGGGCGCGGCGGAUCAACACGUGGGAGGGAGCGGAGGGAGGGAGGGAGCGGGCGCCGCUGCGCCUGCGCCGCAGAGGGGCGGAGGGCGAGUGGCGUCGCCGCCGUCCGGCGUUCGGUGUUGGCGGCCGCGGCGGCUGCGUUCGCGAGGGAGGGGCCGUGAGGGAGGAGAAUGGGCCGGGCGGCCGGGCGGGCGGCGCUGGGCUGAGCUGAGCCGCCGCGGGGAAGUUGUUGUGCUCGGGGUCGGGGCGGGGAGGCGGCUGGGGAAGGAGGGCCAGGGCGGCGGCGGCGGAAGCAGCAGCAGCAGCAGCGAGAAAGCCGGUUGGCGGGGCGUCUCCUCAGGCUGGGUCUCUCCCGCUUUGCGGAGGGAAGGGGGCAGGCGGAGGAGGCUGAGGAUGGAGCAAGAGGAGAUCCUGAGGAAAUUCAUCCAGCGAGUCCAGGCCAUGAAGGACACCGACCACAAUGGGGAGGAUAACUUCGCCACCGACUUCAUGGGCAGAGGUGCCUAACCUGUAGCCUGUCAGAUGUUAUUGGACUCCGACUCCCAGCAGCCUCAGCUGGCAUAGCCAGUGGUCAGGGAAUGUGGAAACUGCUGAAAUGGGAAAGUAUUUGUCAGAAACCUGAAAUACAGCUAGGAGGAAGCCUGUCUAAUCUCAGUAGGGUGGAGUUCCAGAGGACUGGGCCUGCAAUGGGAGCUACAAGCCUCUGAACAUUGGGAGACCACUAACAGAUUAUAAGGGAUCAGGUGUUCUUGGCAAGGUAAUGGUCACAGAGGGGUCAUCCC